CACCUUAAAGGCCGGUCCGUGAAAAUAGUGUCGGACAUAAACCGAUCCAUGGCGCAAAAAAGGUUGGGGACCGCUGUUUUAGGGAACUUAGAUAUGAUUAAUACCUUUGUCACAUUUGCAAGAUUAGCAUGAAGCUGCAAGUAUUAGUCAGCUCUUGGGUAAUACAGAAACUGGGGGGAGGGAAUAAUGCAAUUACUCUUUUCAAAGGAAAAAAAAAGAAGGUUCUAAAAGUAAAACCAAGGAAAAGAAAAAACCCACAAUGUUGUUAGAAUUUGCUGACAUAAUAUACAGGACCUGGAAAUCCCGAAGUUAAAAUGGGAUAUGCAUCAUUGAGAAUGACCAAUCAAAGAUCCUGUGGGAUUUCCAGAUACACACGGAAAUCUCAUGAUAGCUAACAAACCGCCCAUGGCAGUCGUGGACAAGCAGAGGAAGAAGAAGAGUGAUAGAUACCAAGUGAUAGUAACACCAGGGAAAAGGAACAAGAGAAGCUGGAAAAAUACCUGGGCUGAGAGAGGAGAAGAGAAAAGAUGCGGAGGGCGAAGGCAUCACUGGUCCCCGUGGUAAUCUGAACACUUGGGGCAGUGACCCCCAACGCAAACAAACAACAAACAACACAAACAACACAUCUGGACAACUUCUCAGACUUCCGUUGAUUGAGCGAAAUUGAUGAUCUUUAAACACAGACAAUAACCUAACAGGUUGUUUCAUCAAGAAACCCAUCCAUAUUUUGCAGUGAUGUCUUUUUCUAGGUCAUAUUGCAUAAGACUAUCAACUAAUUGUCUUACCGGUAAAGCAGUGCACUCUUCUCGAAAUAAAAAUUCCAGAAACGUCACGUGUUCACAGCUGUUUUUGUAAAGCAGUUAUUAUUUUCUAAAACAUUCCGAGGACAUGUUUAGGUCAAAGUCAGAUUUAUUACAACAGUUUUAUGCAGCACAUUCUCAGCCCCCGCAAGACACCCAUAAAGCACAUAAUCAUAACCACGUGUUGUUCUUCUAUAAAGCUCUUUAUCUCUAUGAUGUAAGACUGCUGCUCUGAGACCAGUUUGGCUCUCAUUUAGUGUUGAGGUUUGUAUUGACAUGUGGUCUUAGCUUUGCUCCUAAAUCAGUUUUGCUUGUAGAAACUCCAUUGGUGGAGUCGUACUCCACCUCUAAGGCUUACAGUAAGAGACACGCUGGUUUUAACAUUUGUUUUCUUACCGUUUUUCUUCAAGUACUAGAACUAAUACGAAUUUGAUUCUUAGGCUAUUCAGUAACAUCGGAUUUUAUAUUGUAGGCUGUGUGAUGAAGUAUUCUGUUAUUUAUCUGGUAAAAUCAAAACUUGAGUCACAAUGACAGCAGAGUACAGUAAAGUGUUCACAUUUACUUUGUAACUUUGUUAUUUUCUGACCAGAUGUCAGGGUUAUUGUGCCAGUGUUUGCCAAUACACUCUCACCCCCAGGCGUGAAAGCACAUAACCACAAGCAGAUGUUUUGCUUGCAACUAAGCUCAGAAUCGGUCUCCUGCUCUGAGAUCAGUUUGGUUCUUAUUUGUGUUGGGCAACCUGUUUAAAUGUGACCUUAACAGUGGUCCUAAAUCAGUGCUUUGUUUGUAGAAACUCCAUUUGUGGACUCAUACUCCACCUCCACAUUCUCACAUAGUUUAGCAAACCUCCUAAAGCUUUGCUAAACUAUCCAGGACAGUUUUCAAGCUUACUACGAGCCAUGAAGCAUUUGUUUUUGGUGGUUUUGGGUUUGCUGUCUCUUCAGUGGGUACACAGCAGGAGCGAUGACAGGACAAACUGCAAGCCAUUUACAGCCAGCUUUUGUCAAGGUGUAGGGUACACCACUACCCUUCAUCCAACAGGAGUUCAAGGCUACAGCCUGCAGCAAAUUGGUCAGAUUGUGGAGACUGCUUGUUCACCGCAUGUUGCCAAACUUAUGUGUCGCAUUGUUGUGCCUGAAUGCAGCUCAGAGGACGAUAGCAGGUUGAAACCAUGCCGAGCUCUCUGUGUACAAGUCAAGGCAGACUGUGAAUCCACCCUCAGAGCAAAGCGGUUGUCCUGGCCUACAAGGCUCCGAUGUGAGACUUUACCUGACAGCAACUGUGUAGGGGCGUCAUCAGUCAUCAGUGUUACUCAGACACCGCCUUCAGCAUGUCAGCCAAUCACGGUUCCUUUCUGCAAAGACAUGACUUACACAGAAACUGUGCUGCCCAGGCAGGAAACCCAAGACAAUAUAGCCUUAACAAUAAACCGGUUUAAUCCACUUGUGACAUCAGGAUGCUCCCCUCAUCUGAAGCCAUUCUUAUGCUCCGUCUACGUUCCUGAGUGUGUGUCAGGAAAACCUCGUCCACCUUGCAGAACACUCUGUGAGCAUGCAAGGUCCAGCUGUGGAGCACAGAUGAGAAGUUUAAGUUUGGAGUGGCCCGAAGCUCUCAAGUGUGAAGCAUUUACCACAGAGUCCUGUGAACAUGCUCCAGUCAUCAGUGUUAGUCAAGCAUCCUCUGCAGCAUGUCAGCCAAUCACCGUUCCUCUCUGCAAAGACCUGCAUUACACAGAAACUGUGCUGCCUGAGCAAGAAACCCAAGAUGAUAUAAGGUUGGAGAUACAUCAGUUUUAUCCACUUGUUAAUGUGAGGUGCUCCUCCCACUUAAAGCCGCUAUUGUGCUCCGUCUACGUUCCUGAGUGUGUGUCAGGGAAACCUCGUCCUCCCUGCAGAACUCUCUGUGAGAAAGCAAAGUCCGGCUGUGAGCCACUGAUGAACAAGUUUGGCAUAGCAUGGCCUGAAAAACUGAAGUGCACAGCAUUUACUACAGAGUCCUGUGAGCAUUAUGGAGUGAGCAGCAGCGGUGGGGUCUGUGAGCCAAUCACCAUACCAAUGUGCCAGGGUCUGUCCUACAACCAGACCCUCAUUCCAAAUCUUCUGGGACACACAAGCCAAAGAGAAGCAUUCACGAAGAUGUCCUUUUUCAACUCCAUGGUGCAAACCGUGUGCUCGGUGGACAUACGCACCUUCCUGUGUCGGGUUUAUGCCCCUCAGUGUGAGGCAGGGCAAGCGCAGUGGCCCUGCAGGUCAUUCUGUGAGAAAGCCAGACGGGACUGUGAGGGACUGAUGUCCAAUUUUGGCAUUUCCUGGCCAGAAGAGCUGCAGUGCAGCUCAUUCCCAGAGGAAAUGUGCAUAUCAGAAGAAAAAAGGCCUAAGAUGUUGAACGCUGAAGAUGUCGCUGCUAAACUGGAGGCUGGUGGCUAUUCUGUUCAUGGAAAAGCUCUUACUCUCAGUACUGCUCGCCUGCUGCUGACUCUCAUGGAUGCAGACCAGUCUGGAGACCUGGAUGUGGUGGAGUUCUUCAAACUGGAGCGUUUUGUGGGCGCUAUCAGGAGAGAAUACGUGGAGAGCUAUGGGAGCAGGAAUCAACCCUCUGUUACUGAGAACCAAAUGAAAAAGGCUUUGGUUGCCCGCGAAUUUCAUUUGGAUGAUGAAACCUUCAGAGUUCUGUGGCAGGAAUAUCGCUCAGAGGGUGGGAUCAACUAUGAUAAAUAUGUGGCUGCCCUGACAAAACUUCAGAUCCUCAAAGAUCGUUUCAAGGCCCAUCUGCUGAACUUGCCCUGUGACUGUCAAGUGGCCAGCUUCACAAUCAACCAGUUUAUGAAGACAGCCUUUGUGUGAGGAGCAAGCAGAAGCAGAGCUGAACUGACCAAAAGAGGUCAGUACAUAGGAAAUAGCUGCAUAGCAAUUUAGUAAUGCAGAACUCUACAAAAUAUAUAUGACUGAAAUUCUCUUUAAUGACAAACAUUUAUUUUUGAAUAACAGCAAUAUUAAAGUGACAAUAAACACAGAAAAUAAAGUUUUCAAUGCCUGAAGUCUGAUUUCAAUGUUAGUUUUAAAAUGUACUGCUGAGUCACAUACACAUUACCAUUUUGCAAAAUCUUUACAUGCUCACAAUAAAAUAUUGUGAAAAAUGUUCAAGAAACCUUUUCUGCACGUUCUUAGUUGACAAAAAUAAUGACAUUACAUUUGGAAGUUAUAAUUGUCAUGGUCCUGGGUCAUGUGACUCAGUAUUCUGAGUUUCUUGAUGUUUUUGUUAUUCUUUUCAGUCUAGUUUCAUUUCAGUUUAUCUAGUUACAUUCUGUCAUGCCUAGGUUACAGUUUUAGUUCAUGAUUUAUCAAGCUCCCCAUUUGUCUCAUCCCUGGGUGAAGUUUUCUGUGUUAAGUCUUCGUGUGUUUAUCUUUCAUGUUUCAUGUCCAAGUUUUCUUUAUCUGUCAAGUUCGAGUCAUGUCUGGGUCUCAUUAUGUUUCCCGUUUUAUUUUGAAGGAGCCUUGUGUUUUUUGUUUAUUAUAUUUAGCUUCACGUCCCCUGUCCUGUCAUUAUGUUAAUUGCUGUCAGCUGUUUUCCCCAUGUGAUUCCGCUUCCCCUGAUCAUUCCUUAUGUGUACUUAGUCUGUGUGUUUCCGCUCAGUCUAUGUCAGAUCAUCUGUUAUCCUCACCACCAGAUUUCAUAGGUUUGCCUCAUUGUUUCACUGUGUUUCCUAGUUUACUCAGUGUUCAUAGUUUUUUCACUGAGUGUCACACCCCUUUGUUAACGCAGUGUUCAUAGUCUCCUUAGUUACCCUAAUUUCAUGUUUCUUGUGCCAUCAGCCACAAUAAAGGCUCGCUUUAUUUUGAAACUU